UUUUUAACACUAGGACCGCCCUGUGUCCAGCUCUCACUGCUACACUUUGGAUACUGGUUUUUGCAAACAGUGGAACUUAAUCAGUCGGAAAUGGGCAGUCGUAUCCGAGCUUUCAUCACUGCAACCUCUGAGCGCUUCGUUAAUACACCAUUAUGGCCAGAAGUAACUCUUCUCUAUCAAGUUGUGGUCGCCCGUUCCGCAGUCCUCACUGCAGCGCCUAGUAAUCCUGAAAUCUAUAGUCUACCAGGACUUGAUCCCUCUGGCAGCGGGCGAGUUUUAGACAGUCUUGCUGCGGCUGCGGCUGCCGCCGUCCCUCUACCCGAGGCAGAACCCCAACGCAUUGCUCUGGCUGGUCGUGUGCUAGAUUUUGACAGCAGCGUUCUUCAAUCCGCCCCUCUCAUCGCGGGUGGUCGUGGACAGGCCUCGCCUCGCCUCGGUGCCAUUUCUGUCACUAGUCAGAGUCAGCACCGGUCGCCCGCGCGUGCGUCGCAUCUAGUGGAGAUCUGCGGUCUAUCUUCUUCCUCCUUAUCCUCGUUUUUUCGACUUGGCGCCUGGAAGACACCUUGGAAUCGGCAGGCACGACUUCGAGGACUGUUUGCAAAUCUACUAAGCUGCUAUGGAUCUGAGCUGGAUCAUUUGACGGCCCCAAGGAGUCCAUCGGUGAUAUUCAGUCAGUCCACUGAGACUUUGGAUCGUCAAUUGAGUAUGCAUUCGAGCAGCGAAACAACCUCCAUCAAUGAUGCCAGUAAUCCUGGUAACUUUCUCGAUGACGGCCAAUUCGACGACACUAGUAGUGCAGAGCGUGCUGCAGUUUUUCAUGACCUAGACACCUACCUGGACGCCCAGUUGAUGAACAUAAACUUUCUCGAUUUACCUGACACAGCCUGGGAGGACCAAUCUCGAUGUCCAUGGGGCGUGCGCGGUCAUUCCAUUACAUCUCACACCGAAUUCCACGAGGAGGGAGAUGAUCAACAGCAAUCAGAAUCACAGACACAGUCCCAAAAGCAACCGGAUCAAGUAAAUCAGGCCCCUAACCCUUUCGGCGUUAGUGAGGAUAUAGGUUUUCCAAACAUCGCCGUCGCCACUGAGGAACCACUAGUUAGCCCUCCAUCAAUUACGUCACAACAUCAAAGUCAACAUUUGCCCGAAGGCGAGGAGCUUGAAGUCGAUGUGGAGGAAGAAGAGGAUGAUGAGUAUGAAGAGGAGGAAGAUGAAGAAUUGGAAAGAGGAGGAGGAGGUGUAGGAGGCAAUUUUCUAGCUGUAGGUGCAUCCACAUUGCCAGAAGCAGCGACGGAGCGACAGUCGCAGCUCUCACUACAACUUUCUGUCUCAUCAUCCGCUGUACCUGCAGCAGUCUCAGAUUCUACUCCGAACGCCGCAUUGCUAGCUCCCUCUACACUCCAUCGAAAGUUUAAUUCACAGCUUCUAAUUGCAUGGACCUCGCGGGAUGAUAGUCCAGUUAAGUGGCUAACUGAUGCGCCUCCUGCAGCUGAUGUGAAUGUGGUCAAUGUUGCGGACAUCAGUUCGGCCAUGCAGACGUACCAGGGGACUCAAUCAAUUCCAAGGAAACUGACUCUUCCCAUGCAUCCACGAGCAGUAUGCUCCCGUCGACGGCUACAGGCAUUGACGACAUUUGGUGGAUCUCUGGAAUCCCUGCCCAGCCAGCCUAACGUGCAGUCCACCACAGCUAUCAAACCCAGAUCCUGCGCUGUGCCAAGGAGCUUCCAGCAAUCUUCCUCCGCAUUUUCCUUCGCCAAGGUUCCUGCCAUUACAUCCAAUGGUAUGACUGAUGUGGAUGCUACUGGGCCACCAAUAAAACCGCCACGUCGGCACCGUCGCUUCCGGCAAAGUUUAGAACUGGGAACUCAGCAGCAAUCAGAUCUGUCUCGGAGAAUAUCCAGAAGCAGCAACGCUCUCACCUUUUCUUCCGAAGAUGCGAAAGCCUUCUCAACAAUCGGUACCACUCCCCAACAGUUACUGAUUCCAGUGGAAACACCGUCAGAAACGGCGUGGAUGGCAUGUCAACGUCAGUUUAAAUCAUUUCAACAGUCUUCAACAGGAGUGGUAACGGGUAGUGCGCAGGCUGACCGUCUACACCUUUUGUUGACCAGCCUGAGGAGUACCUUUUCGGGAAUGCUGCGCCGCACAACCCUCCAGGCUGUGAAGCUCGCCAAUCUGGCCUUUUGUCGAUGUCCUCCGGGUAGCGAUCUCGAUCCUGAAAUUCGGAUUUCAAACUUGAUCAAAAUCGCCGAUGCUAUGGGUGAUACUCUUCCCCUACCCUUCUUUGCACUUCAUCCCAAUUGUGUUGCUCUCAUCGACGAGCAUUCUGUGAGUCUGUGUCUGGAAUUGGGCACAUCCUACGAGGAAUGGGAGGACGCGAUGCGCCAACUCGCUGUGACUUGCGCAUCUUCAGGAACAACUCAGUGGCUGCAGCAUGAAAGCAUCUGUCGUGACCUUCAGGAGGUACUUCGACGCUUGCUACUAUUCUUUCGUUCCUCUACUGACCUCCUCACCUCUACAUAUCGUCAGCUUGUGAAUCCGCCUCUCAGUGUAACCGAUUUCACCGCCUCUGGUGUGGAGCCUCUCUUUGCUCGACUACGACCCUACAUCCUUGCACCUCCGCCGUCACUGCCACCCAACUCUCAAGAGAUCGGAGGUAUGGAGGCGUGGAGGGCACGAUGUGCACGACUAUUGCUAUGGCCUCCAUACGGUUCUUUGCGCUCUGAAGAGGUGGAUGCCAAGCGUGCACUCGCAAUAUAUGCUGCAGCCAUGAAAUCUAAAGCUCCCAUUUCACUGGACGAUGUUAUGACCAUUUUGGAGGCCUGUUGCGAACAUCUGUGGAAUGGGAUGAAUUGCGAUUCCGGCGUAGCGCUGGUGUUCGCACAAGGUCCGACUAUUGAAUUACACACCUCCGAGGCGUUUGCGUCGGCUACUUCGACCGUCUUGGCGCCAACGCCCUUCUUCACUACCGAUGAUCUUCUUACACCCGAUGGUCAGGCGACACUAUCGCCUCUAGAGCUUGUUGAUCGACUUCUGCGUCUUCUCGAAGCUUAG